UUUUCAUUGUGCAGGUUGAAGUUUUGUUAACAGCAGAAGAAGAAAUGUCAGUUUUCCCAAAAAUAUCUCUGAGGCCUGAAGUGACUGAACACCUCAGGACUAUCUUCUUAAACAAAGAGCUGUUGGUUGCGGUCGGCCAUCAUGAGGCAGAACAUCGUUUCCAGAAGCUGCUCGCGUGUCUUUCACACCCGCCGUCGCACACGUGUGUCCGAGCCAGCACUCAUCUGGCUCCUCUGGAAGAGAUCCGACAUCGGUUAGAAGAAGAGCUGAAGAAGCAGAUGUGCAGCUCAUCGUCCGAGGAGGUCUCCCUUCAGAUUCUUCCACACCCACGCCUCCCAGAUGUGCUUCUCCUUCCUGUCGACGGGCCGAGGUAUGCGAGGAACGCUGGAAAGACACCUGUGAAGCAGCUCAGCUCAGAGGUGGUGGUCGGUGCUCAGUGUGGGACGGCCGUGCUGAGAGGAGCUCAUGUGUUCGCUCCGGGGAUUCUCGCUAGCCCAAAAUACAUGAAGGUUGGAGACGUGAUCUCGGUGUUCUCCGACCUGGAGGGAAAGUGCACCCGCGGAGCUUUGAGCUUUCAGGGGAAAACAGCGUAUUUGGGUAACGGAGUCGCUGAAAUGGAUCGCUCCAGCAUCUUCUGCACAGAUGAACCCGUCAGAGGUGUUGGUGUCCGUAUGACUGAGCCACUUUAUCAGAGUCCCUCAUUUGAUGGCGUUCUACCCAACCUGGUGUUCCUACAGAACCUUCCCUCUGUGGUGGUGGGACACGUGCUCGGCCCUCAACCCGGAGAGCGGAUCCUGGAUAUGUGCGCCGCGCCCGGAGGGAAAACCUGCCACAUCGCUGCACUGAUGGGAGAUCAGGGCGAGGUCGUUGCUCUGGAGAGGAUUAGAAAUAAGAUCGACAGAAUUCGUCAAAAUGCCCAAACCUUAAAUUUACGCUGCAUUAAAACUUACUGCUUCAACAGCACGCAGGCAGUGAGCAGCGAUCUGAAUCAAGAGACUGAAGGACCGCCCUUCCCCCCUGAGAGUUUCGACCGGGUGCUGCUGGACGCUCCCUGCAGCGGCCUCGGACAGAGACCCAACAUGGCGAGCACCUGGAGCCUCAAGGAGAUCUGCUCCUACCAGCCGCUGCAGCGCAAGUUAUUCCACGCUGCGGUGCGGUUGUUGAAGAAAGGUGGAGUCCUGGUUUACAGCACUUGCACUGUGACGCUGGCGGAGAAUGAGGAGCAGGUCGCUUGGGCGCUCGAUGCCUUCCCCUGCCUCACGCUUCAACCUCAGGAGCCUCACAUCGGUGUGGAGGGCAUGCUGGGAGCCGGCCUAUCACCUGAGCAGCUGCGCCUCCUCCAGAGGUUCAGUCCCGAGCUGAGCUGGGAGCAGACCGACCCGACGACGACUCCCCUCCCCUGCAGAGCCGACGGAGACACUAUAGGCUUUUUUAUUGCCAAGUUCCUGAAAAACUGACUGGAGGGGAGGGGGGGAAUGUUUUCAUGUUUUCUCUCUCGUCAACACGCGGGACGGCACCGCCAAAAACCUCACACGAGACUGCAGAUGGGAACAAUAGUGUUUAUAUUACGACACUCUGUGUGGCUUUGACGGGGCAGUGUUGACAAAGACGCUCGCAGUGCUGUUUACAGCGUCUGCCUCUUAACAGCUGCUCUCUGAAACUGCGGCCAUAUAGGGAUAAGCUUUAUAAACAGUGAGGGCAACAGAGAGAGAGAGAGAGAGAGAGAGAGAGAGAGAGA